AUGGGAAGAAGAAAGAUUGAAAUAGAACCCUUAACUGACGAAAGGAAUCGAACAGUUACAUUCGUCAAACGAAAGGCUGGUUUAUUUAAGAAAGCGCAUGAAUUGGCUGUUUUAUGCCAAGUAGAUUUGGCUGUUAUUAUCGUGGGUAAUAACAACAAGAUAUUUGAAUUUUCCACAGUUGAUACGGCUGACUUAAUUAAGAAUUAUCAGAAGAUCAUAAAGUCAAACAAGAGACCUCAUGAAUCAAAAUCUCAUGAAAACUAUUCUAGUUACAAGAAAAAGAAGUUUUUGAGAGAACCCUUGACCAAGAAAUCAGGGGCAGUAGUAGGAUUACCAAUGUCUAACAUAGAAGAAGAAGACGAAGAAGAUGAAGAUGAAUCUGACUAUGAAGGACCAGAAUUGAAACGCCAAAAAGUUGUCCCACAAGUUAGAUUGAGGAAUCCAAGAUCUCUGAGUCAGGAUCAUUUGUCAAUUACUAAUAUGCCCACUUUCAAUAAUCCCCAUAAUUUUCUGAUGGAUGAUAAGAAUAAGAAGAAGAAUUCAGUGAGCAUUAAACGAGAUGAAGGAUCUUCUCAAAGACCAGUCUUGAGAGUUCAGAUUCCGAGUGAUUCCAAGGGAAACACCGCCAAGAAACAAACAAAUGGUAACAAUACCGACGACAGAAGCGCAGAUGAUACUGGAAGGACUAUGACUGCCGAUGACCAAACCACAUCGCGAGACGAUCAAAGGACAUCGAAGAAUGGUCAGAGUGGCAAUAUCCCAACAGACAACGAACCAACCACCCGUAAUGGAGCACCUGGGGCAGUGACCCCCAAAUUUGCAGGAUAUUCGUCAUUCCGUUCCCCUGAGAGUAAGAAACCCACAUUACCUUUACCAAUCCACACCAAAUCGCAAACAUCAUCACCAGCGAGUGCAAGCGGACCCGGAUUGCCGAAUGUAGCCAACGCAAGUUCGUAUUAUGCCUCCUUACAUGCCCUGAGUCCAACAACAAGCGCAUACAUCAGCAAUAUCCUACCGACCCCCGUAUUUAAUCCACCGCAACAACAACAGAGCCAACAGCAGGGCCCACAACAACCUCCUCCUAUUCAGACCAAUCAACCCGAUUCUGCAGCAGCAAGAUUUCGAGCACCACCUGCCACAGGGAUAUCGGUAGGACAACUCAAUAUGGGUGAGCAAACACCAAUAUCAGGAUUACCUUCAAGAUACGUCAAUGAUAUGUUCCCAUUUCCAUCGCCAUCAAACUUCCUCGCACCCCAGGACUGGCCUUCUGGGACAACGCCGACAACACAUAUGCCCCAAUAUUUUAUGAUGCCAUUAACUACCACGUCUACAUCAUUUCCCAAGCUAAGAAAUGACGGAAAUGUAUCACCGGUAACAUAUAACCCUCACCCUCCAAGUUCCCAAGGUGGUAGUGGUAGUGGACGACAGCAUGAAGAUGGAGGAACCAACCCGACAACAGCAGACAGUGCUGUAGAAAGUAAGGCAAACAAGUAA